AUGCUUGUGAGUAUUAAUCCGAAGUAUACGAGAAUUACAGACGAUCCUUUUCCGGCAGUUACCAUCUGCAAUCUAAAUCAAGCUUAUAAGUCAAAGGCUCAACAAUUUUCUAUCUAUUCGUUUGAUUAUACCAUAAUACAAAUGCUCUGCAAGCGCGAUGUUAACGUUACUAUAGCUGAUAGCAUUACGGAUUGGAGUAAUUUGAUACAUUUAAUUCAUGAUAUCUCUCAGCCGUGCAGUAAUAUGAUAUUGCAAUGUAAGUACGCUGGAUUAGAAUUCAACUGCACUGAACUUUUUCGACCUAUCAUCACCGACAAUGGACUAUGUUGCGUCUUUAAUAUGAUUGAUCCGAAGUUCAUGUACCGAAAUUAUAACACCUCAGCGGCUAAAUCGUUUGCUAAUGAAAAUUACAAAUAUCCGGAAGGGUAUGAGCCAGUUGAUUGGAGUUCAGAGGCAGGAUAUCCAAGCGAUUUACCCGAAAAAUUCAUACCAAUGAAAACUGUAGGCACCGGUGAGAGUGUGGGACUCAGCAUUGUACUGGAUGUUGAAAGCGAUCAAUAUUACUGUUCGACAUCGGAUAGCAUCGGUUUUAAGAUCCUACUACACAACCCGCUUGAAGUGCCGAACAUGCGCGAAAUUGGUCUUUUACUCUCGCCGGGACGUGAGACGAAGAUUCGUAUCCAACCCGAAAAAGUCGAAUCUGAAAGAUACGUUCGUUACAUUAGCAAAAAUGCACGGAAAUGCUUAUUCGAAGACGAGGAGCGUCUGGAUAUUUAUAACGAGUAUACACAACGCAAUUGUGGUGUCGAAUGUAGUGCUUCCGAGAUUUCAGAAACUUGUGGCUGUCUGCCACAUUAUGUACCAAGAUUGUAUGGCAAUGAAACCACUUGUAGCAUGCGAGAGUCCAAUUGCGUUGAACGCAUUCGCUUAGAAACAAUGCUAUUAAAGAACUCGAGAAGGGAUUGUGCCGAUUUCUGCAUGCCAUCUUGCAAUGAUCUCUCCUAUAUGCCAUCAUUCUUCUCUGCACCACUAAUUCACUCGGGAUUUGAAAAUGAAAAAUUCGCGGAAAAUAUUAGUAAAGCCUAUCUGGAGAAAAAUAUUGCUGUCGUGAAUAUUUACUUCAAAGAUACCACUUAUCGAAAUCAGAAAAACUCGGACUAUAUUGGACAAGCAUUGGCGGUAUAA